AUGGAGAAAGAGAACAUUCCGGACAGGACAACUGCCUCAAACAUGGGGGAUGCCUCCAUCUCCCCGAGUCUUCUUGAGCCCUCAGAGCCGGGGUGCUGUCCCUUCGAUGUGUUCACACCCGAGGCCCUAGUAAGCAGAUUCAAAACAUAUGACGACUGCACUGAAGAUAUCAUCAAGCUUAUCAGAUCGGUCCAUGUCUGCCAGAACAAAAUAAAGAAGCUGUGCCGUGUCUUCGACUCACUGUCCAACUAUGACACCGGCUUGAUAGUUAACCUUACAAGGGAUGGAAAUCGAAUGCUGAGAUAUGUGUCGACGUAUCUGAUGCUCAAUAAGAUAAAGCAGUGGGUUAUAGAUGGAAGGGGAUUUGAAGUGGUGGAGGCUAUGUACGAUGAGGUGUUUCUGGUUAGGUUCCGAGAUGUGGAUUUCAAUAUAAGGGCUGCUUGUGUUGAGUUUAUGUGUGAGUGGAUUAUCUCUGCCCCUGGGAUCUUCAAUCUGCCCUGCUACCUGAAGUACAUUGGAUGGGCUCUCAGUGACAAAAACGAUAGUGUUAGGAGAAAAGGGAUAAGCUCAUGCACGAGACUUGUACGGAAGAAGAUCAAUGUCCAGGGGUUUGUAUCUCGUUUUAAGAGUAGGAUAAUAGAGCUAUCUCUAUACGAUAGGAGUCCUGCAUUAAGGGACGAAGGAAAAGCACUCUGUAUGGAGCUGUAUAUUGGAGGGAUGGUCUCUAAGGAUGAUGUAUACAAAGUUCUAAGGUCCAUGAACGAAGGAGAUAAGAAAGGAUUGAUGAGCUCUACCAUCAGAAAGAUACUUGGAACAGAGGAACCAAGUGAUAGAAGUCUCUUGGAGAAUCACGAGGGCUUGCAUGAACUACUUUCAAACACGUCUUUAUUUAUUUGCUCAUGCAUUCCUCACAGUGGAAAAGAUGUUGAAGGAUUCAUAGACUUUAUUUUGGACUUCCUACGCACAAAAAACUCUUGCUGCCAAUCAAAGAGCCUGUGUUACCUAAGAAUCCUCGGAGUUCUCUCUGGCUCGGGGGUGGAUGUUGAGAAAUAUCACAGAAUCUUUGAGAUAGUCAAGGACAGUAGAGAAAACACGGCACAAACUGUGGAAGCUAUCUCAAAAGUUGAUCCAGAGGUGUUUAGGAGGCAUCCAGAUGCUACCAAUAGGCUUCUGGAGGCAAUGAAAGAUCUUCUGGCCCAGUACAAAUGUGAAGAGAUGUUUUCAAGGUUUGUACAUCUCUUGAAGAAGCUUGAGAAGGACUUUCCAGCCUUUGUUCACCGAGUUGUGGAAUCACUUAAAUCCUCCUGUGUAGAGUUUGUGCAUUGCGCAAUCAAGUCGUUUGACAUAUCGGAAAGCGUGGAAAACAACUUUCCAUCAGAGAUCAAAUGCUAUGCUGCACUAUGGAAGAUAAUGUCCGAGGACUACGAAAGAGUCAACGGAUAUGAGUUCAAGAAAAUCGGCAAUCUUUCUGUACUUUGUGACUUUCUCCUUUUCUUUAGAGAGAAAUGCAUUGAAUUUGGAGUAGUGAACCGGAGUGUUGAAAGAGCUUCUGACCAGGGGGAAUGUUUCAAGAUAAUGUAUGAUCGUCUCUCUGUUCUUAUUCAUUCACAAGCAGAAGAUGUUUUUACAGACCAAAAAGGAUGCAUUUCGUUGUUCAAGCUUGUUGAUGGAGGCCUUUUUGUUGACUACUCGAGUAUUAUAUUCAGGACUUGUAACCUAGAGCUGAUCUCAGAGUUUCUGGGCAAGAGUAAGUCAAAGAUGAACCUUGUCUCUGGAUACUUCAGAUAUCUUAUGGAUGUGGAAGAAAAGGAUGUAGACAAGAAGGUCGGAAGACUAGUGGGUUCCAGAUGCAGCAUGGCAAAGAGAGGGCUUGAUACGGAGAAGGUUGUUUUCCGAGGUAUGAAGGAGCUAAUCGAACUAAGAAAGGUGUUUCUGUACGAUACAGUUCUCAUUUACUUUGUUUCUUCCCUAACAGCCAACGAAUGCAUAAUCAUAGAACAGGGUCUGGAAAAGUCAAGACUUAAGGCAUCUUUGCUCCGAAGGAUCAGAGAGGGUUGA